AUGUCAGAUGGUGGUUAUUAUCUACUCAUGUUUGAGCGUCAUAUCAAUCUCUUUUUUGUGCUCAGAACAUAUGCACUCUGGAAUAAUAAUAGAAUCGUACUCGUAGCCAUGCUGUUCGCCGGUUUCUUCGUGGUAGAUGCAGUACAGGCUGCGGUAGUUGUAUCCAUCGUCGUCGAUUUUGUCACUGUCAACGCCUCACAUGUUACGACCAGUGCGAUCCCAGGCAUCCAAGGCUGCUACCGGGCCUCCGCUGUCCAAGUUUCCAUAAUGUUUUUUCUCUUGCUUGCGUUUCAACUAGGACUCAUCUCCCUCACGAUCAUACGUGCCGUACAGAGCUGGCGGGUGGUCAACGGCCCUCUGUAUGACAUCCUGGUGAAGCAUAAUAUAUUUUAUUAUACAUGUGCUCUGCUCCUCACAGCCGUCAACCUCCUAACGCAGAUGCUGUUUUCCCAGACUGCAUACCGCUUUGUCUGCGAAGUUCUCCAGUUCUUUGUGCUCGCGAUCCUCGCUACGCGCAUGCACCUCUUUCUCUGGCAGAUUGACCAGCAGACACACGGCUCUGACGCCCUCGUGUAUAUUCCUAUGUCCGACAUGUAA